AUGUCUGUUCAAAGCGCUCUUUGCCAUGUAUGUGAGUAUCGCUUGCAGGAUGUAUACUAUACAGGUGUUGUGGCUGGAGCUCUCAGCAUACCGAAGACGGAUUGGAGUAGCAGGAUAUAUUAUCUCCUCGAGCCUGGAACGACCGAGCCAAUUUUGUGUGAUGAAUAUGGCUCCCCGCUGACUGUGGCGUACUUCCCUCUGCAAUCUCCCGAAGAGAUGCAAGAAGGAUUUCAUAAACUGGUGUACUCCAAAUGCCCUCCUCAGACUGUACCUGAUUCCGAUUAG